AUGAAAAAUAAAUUCCCACGAAAGAACAUUGACUUUGGAGACAAUUCUACAACUGUUGCAAAAUUUUCCAUUGCUGUGGAGAACUCCAAUGCCUUGAUCAAUGAGGCAAUUGCUGAUAAACUUGAUGUUAAUCAGCUAAUUUCCUCUUCUUCUUCAUCCACAAAAAAAUCUUUCAAUAUUGCAGACUUGGGCUGUUCUGUUGGCCCUAACACAUUCAUUGCAGUACAUUACAUUAUAGAAUCUGUAAAACUCAAAUGCCAAUCCUAUUGCCUCGAUUCAGAACUCGAAUUUCAAGUGUUCUUCAACGACCAUGCCUCCAAUGAUUUCAAUACACUUUUCAAGUUUUUGCCUUACGAUAGGCAAUACUUUGCAACCGGUGUACCAGGCUCCUUUCACGCCCGUUUAUUCCCUGAGGCAUCGCUCCAUUUCGUUCACUCCUACUCACUCCAAUGGCUUUUCAAGAUUCCGAAAGAGUUACUUGACCAGCAAUCACUGGCGUGGAAUAAGGGGGAGGAUAUACUGGCACAUGAGCUUGCCUUUGGAGGUCUCAUGGCACUUAUUAUCCCUUGCUAUCCAGAAGGGACCCCUCCUUCCGAGUGUCCUUUAUUUGCAAUUAUAGAUCUUUUGGGAGCCACCCUCAUGGAGAUGGCAAGCAUGGUAGUUUUGAUUAAGAGGAAUGGGUAUUUUGAUAUUGAGAAAGUGGAAGCUUUGGUUCGCAGACGAAUGAAAGGACCAGCUCCAUUGAAUCAUUUAAGAGCUGCAUGGGAAGGGCUAAUCAUAGAACACUUUGGAAGGGAGAUCAUCGAUCAAUUAUUUGAUCUGUUCAAAAAUAAAGUAGCAGAAUCACCCAUCAUUUCACAGCCCAGUGGCAAGAAUGUUGAAGAUCUGUUCAUCCUUUUGAAACGGAAACUGGCUUGA